AUGCACGGAGCUCACUCAUAUACUGAUGUUACUAAGUCAUCUUCAACAAUGAAUAUAGUAAAUCACACUUCGAUAUCAGACAGUGGAAAUAAAUUCCUGUCUGUCAGUCCAGUACGCAUCUCCGGAGGAAAGCCUCAAGUCAUAGGAGUUAACAUCACAGCAAGCACGGCAAAGACACACUGUUUGUUGUACAUUGAUCAAGGAAAGCAUGAAGCAGAAGUUAUGUACUCGCUAUUUACAGAUUGCAAGAGCUCUGGAGAAUAUGGAAUGCAAUUUUCAUCAAGUAACAGCUACAUAGGAAGAUGUAAAUUCGAUAACAUAACUGCAACUUCAUCUCUCGUGUAUAUAACAUCUAAUCAGCUUCUGGUUGAGUACUCUAUAUUUACAGACAUAAAGAAUUGUUAUCUAUUCUCUGGUUCUACAACUCUAUUAAACUCUAUUACAUCUAAUGUUGCAUCAGGAAUAGGAGAUGCAUCAACUAGUUUCAUGACUACUAGCACAUUUGAGAUUGACUUCCAAAACUUCAGUGCCGACUCAGACACAGAAUACAACCCAAUAGUAUUAGAUUUCUCUAAUAUUCUUAAUGAUUUCUCAGAUUUUAUUCUUUUGUCCAAUUUCACAAAUCAAUCUCAAGGUUUAAUACUCAGAAAUGAUCUCAAAUAUUAUGUUCAUGAUACAACUUUCAUUAAAUGUAACGAACAUUCUGUUACUUUUGAAUCCACUUCACAUAGAACAUUCCUUGCAUUGGAUAAUAUUCUAUUCAGUGAAUGCAGUAAUCCUUCAUCAAAUGGAGGUGCUUUGUAUUUUGCGACUGAAGGAGAAUGUGUUCAAUGGAGAAUUAUGUCAACUAAGUGCAGUCUUCUUUCCAAUAGUAAUGGAAUUCAUUCUUAUGUCGAUGUUUCAUCAUCUUUCCCAGCAAAGAAUUAUUUUAAUUAUUCAUCAGUAGAAUAUUCUGGAUUAAAUUCUAAAGGAAAUAGUCCAAUUUAUCAUCUGCAUGGAAGUCUGAAGUUUGGUGAUUCAAAUAUCUCUAACUCUAAAGGAAAUGAUUAUGGAUGUCUCUAUUCUUCACAAGGUAAUGAUUUGAUAUCAAUUGGUCACUGUAUUUUUAGUUAUAAUAAAAAUGUCGGAGUCCAUUCUGUUGAAUUGCAGACAUCGGAUGGAAUAUCAAUGUCAAAUACUGUAUUUGCUAAUAACUCAUGUUCAGAUUCAGCUGUUAACAUAGCUUGUUCGACAUAUCUUGAAUUUAGAGAAUGUGAAUUCAUUUUAUUCAAUGCAAGAGGAUACUUAUUUGCUUUGAAUGGUGAUGGAAGUAUGGAUAUUAGAUCUUGUAAUUUCACAGAAAAUACAUGUACUGAUUAUUUCAUGAAAUUAUUAGGAAGAACCAAUUAUGUAGGUAACUGUACUUUUAAUGGAAAUAAUGCAAAGAAUUAUAUGUUUGAUAGUGAUACAAAGCCAUGUUUAUUUGAGCAUUGUACUAUUAAACAAAACAAAGGAUGUCAGGUUUUCAAUAAUAAUAUAGUUGUCUUAAGAUGCGAAAUUGAUGAUGAUAAUACAUACGGAAUAGGAACAAAUGCAUACGCGUAUUUUAUGACAGUUAAGCCUUUAUAUAAUUAUAAAGAGUAUCAGCCGCUGAAAGUUAGAUCAAGAUCAAACUCGAUUAAAUCAAAAGCUGUGAGAAUUCUUUUGGUGAGAGCGCUGAUAUAA